AUGUUAAAUGAAGAAACAUUAAAAAGCUAUUUGAGCUUCCCGCCCGCACCCCCUCGCCUCCGCGCCAAGCCUGCGGCCGGCUCUGAACCGUCGAUGCAGCCGCCGGCCGCCGCACAGAAGCCCGCGCCGUCGUGGCCCCACGUUAUUGAAAAAAUCAAAACCAACCCUGACGACAGAAGAAUCAUCAUGUGUGCUUGGAACCCAAAAGGUUCUGAAGACCUUCCACGGAUGGCGCUGUCGCCCUUCCAUGCCCUUUGCCAGUUCUAUGUGGUAAACGGUGAACUGUCCUGUAAACUGUACCAUAGGUCAGGAGACAUGGGCCUGAGGGUGCAUUUCAACAUUGCCAGCUACGCCCUGCUCACCUACAUGAUUGCACACAUGACAGGACUGAAGCCAGGUGAUUUUGUACAUACUUUGGGAGAUGCACAUGUUUACAUAAAUCACAUUGAGCCCUUGAAAGUUCAGCUCCAGCGAGAACCAAGAUCUUUCCCCAAGCUCAACAUUCUUCCAAAAGUUGAGACAAUUGAUGAUUUCAAAGUUGAAGACUUUCAGAUUGAAGGAUCCAAUCCUCAUCCGACUAUUAAAAUGGAAAUGGCUGUCUAA